GGACUACAGACAAGGAGACAGCUCCUAGUAAAUGCGAGUGGGAAGUCUGGCAGUGAGCUGGAAAGCCCAGACGGGAUAUAUUUAACCACUAGCUGUUUAGAUUCUCCUCACUGACAUCUUGUAUGAAGCAUUUUCCCUCCUGUUACAGCCACAGAGACCGCAGUGAUGGAAGACGAGCAGAGGCAGAAAAAGCUGGAGGCCGGCAAAGCAAAGUUGGCUGAGUACCGCCAGAGAAAAGCUCACGCAGACUCCCAGAAGAAACAGAAAAAGAAGAAGAAAAAGAAGCCAGGGGAGGACUCGGAGGGCGAUUCGAAAGAAAGGGUUGAGGUCCAGCCUGAUCAGCCUGUGGGAGGAGAGGAGGUCUCUGUCGGAGGAAGAGAUGGAUCACAAGGAGGAAAUAAAGACCCACCCACUACUGAGUUCACCUUCGCAAGGACGCUACGGAGCGGAGAGACAGUCAAGCAUGAUCAGACCUACACCAUAGAGCCAGAGAGUGAAGUGUCCACUACUGCUGAAGAUUAUUCCUCUGAGGUAAAUGGGUGCCAUGAGAUGACAGAGACCCUAAUGAUGUCUUCGAAGGAUUUGAUCUGGGAGGAGGUGGAGCCUCUUAAACAGGUGACAAAGGGAGGCACAAUGCAGGAUAUGGAGGAUGCGCUAGCUGCAAAGACGCAAACAGUGGAGGAGCUAAGUCGAGAGCUUGAGGAAAUCAGGGCUGCUUUCGGCACAGAGGGAGUACAGCAGCUGCAAGACUUUGAGGCUGCUCUAAAGCAGCGAGACGGCAUCAUCACCCAGCUCACAGCUAAUCUUCAGCAGGCUCGUGAAGAGAAAGAUGAGAUCAUGAAAGAAUUCCUGGAGCUGACAGAGCAAAGUCAGAAACUACAAAUUCAGUUCCAGCAGCUGCAGGCAGGCGAGACUUUAAGGAACACCAGUCACAGCAGCACAGCGGCUGAUCUUCUACAGGCCAGGCAGCAGCUUAUACAGUACCAACAGCUGCAGGAGGAAAUGAACAAUGAGGUCCGAAAGAACCAGGAGAGGAGCAGUGAGCAGCUGGACCACAUCAACCAGCUCCAGCACAAGCUCAGUGAGAUGGAGAUGUCUGGGAAAAAAUCAGAGGAAUCAUUUACCGAAAGGAUAAAUGAGAAGGACCUGCUGAUUGCUGAACAAGAAAAAGUUAUUUUGAGUCAGAAGCAGUCCCUGACAGAACUGAGAACCACAGAGGCAUCUUUUGCACAAACGCUGAAAGGGAAAAAUCAGAUAAUUUCAGAGCAAACUGCAAUAAUCACAGAACACGAACGGUCAUUGACCCUGUUCAGAGAUGAACUCGCUCAUGUGGAAAAGACUACAGAUGAGAACAUUAUAGAACAGUCAGAUGACAAAAACCUGAUUGUAGUGGAACUGGAGAGAGCCAUUUCAGAACGCAACAGUUCUAUAACCCACCUCCAGGAUGAGCUGGAGUCCUCUGAGAAACGGCUGCAUGACCUCCAGCAGCGAGUGGCUGCAAAAGAAUCCGAGCUUGAAAGAUGCUUGGAUGAGUUGGAAAGCACUAAGAGUAACUUGGAAAGCUGUAAAAGUGAAAUGGAGAGUUGUAAAUUUGAAUUGGAGAAAGGCCAAACAGAGUUAGAAAGCUGUAAAGGUGAACUUGCAACCUCCCGACAGAAGGAGCGAAUGUCAUCCAAUGAAAUCAUGCAGCUCAUGGGCACAGUGGAGAACCUACAGAAGCGUUAUCACCAGGGCAGCCUGUCUGAGAGUGACACCAUACAAAAAAUGCAGGAAGACACUGUGAGGAAGCUUGAAGUACUCAGGGCAGAGCUGGAUGAGAUGUACGGCCAGCAAAUAGUCCAAAUGAAGCACGAGCUUAAUUUGCAUCAUGCCUCGAAAAUGGAGCAAAUGACUGAGCAACAUCGUGCUGAGCUUGAGCUUUUUAAAGCACAAAGCUCCACUGUUAGUGCUGCUGAGGUGGACACACUCAAUGCUAAGAUUAGAGAGCUUCAAGGAACAUUAGAGCAAUCCCAAGCAAUGCACAAUGAAGCCAGACACGAGCUAACUCAAGCCACCCAAGAAAAGGUCAACCUGCAGGCGAAGGUUGAGGAUCUUGUGCAAGAUCUCAGUUCUGCUAAAGAAAAAGUGGAGCUGGUCUCCAACAGUCUUAUCUCUCAGGAAAGCCAACAAGGUGAACUACAGCGCCUUCAGGAGACCAUUGACAGUCUGAAGUGCCAACUGGCUGCUGGUCAGGAAGCUGCAUUAGAGGCAGAGACAAAACACGAAUCAGAAGUAACCAAUUACAAGAUCAAGUUGGAGAUGCUGGAGAGGGAGAAGGAUGCUGUGCUUGACCGCAUGGCGGAGUCACAGGAAGCAGAGCUGGAACGACUGAGGACUCAGCUUCUGUUUAGCCACGAGGAAGAGCUCACACAUCUUAGAGAGGAACUGCAGAGGGAGAGUUUCCUAAAUACAGAAAACCUUCUCAAUGAAGCUGCUGUCAAACAUGAGAGAGCUUUGGAUGAGCUACGCAUUCGUUAUGAAGAGGAGCUGCACUUGUUACGAAAAGAGAAGUCAAAUUUUGCCGCAGAGCGAGAUGAUUUUUUGCACCAAAUUGUUGGCCUGGAAGAAGAUCUAAAGCUAGCUUUGCAAAGCUCGAAAGCGGAUGAGCUUGUCCAGCAGCUUCAAGAACUUCAGGUGGAGCUUGAGGAACUGAGAAGGGGAGGAGAACAACGGGCUGGAAUGGAAAACGAAAUUCAGACAUUACUAAAAAAGACAGAGGUGCUUGAAAGCCAGGCUAUAGAGAAAGAACAAUGUUGGGAGAAAAAAUGGAAAGAUCAGGAACAAGAAAAUGAGAUGCUGAAAGAAUCUAAUAACACUUUGAAAGAGGAGUUGGACUCUCAAAUUAUGAAAAUUGAGACACUCACAGCAGAGAGAAAUCAAAUAAAGCAACAAGUGGCUGAGCUUAGUGAGGAAAUUGAAAAGCAGAGGACUACUUUCUCUUUUGCUGAAAAGAAUUUCGAAGUAAACUAUCAGGAGCUGAAGGAGGAAUACACGUGUCUCAUUGAGGCAAAGACACGGUUAGAGGAAAGGACACUGAAGGAGACACUUGAGUUUGAGGCGAAACUUGCCAGCUUUCAGUCACAGAUUCAGGAGCUGGAGGAGAGCCGCAGAGAUAUCAAAAUGGAGGAAAUGCAUACAGAUAGUAAGGCUGUGGUAGAAAAAGAUACUACUGAGCUAAUGGAGAAGCUUAAUGUUACAUUGAGUGAGAAAGAAAGCCUGGCUGGGAGGCUUUCUGAAGUUACAGAGCAACUGAUGUUUACAGAGAACAAAAUGGGACAGCUGGAAGAAGACCUGAUGAGAGUGAGACAAGAAAACAAGAAGGUCAUUGCCCAGAAUGAAAGCCUGGGGAAAGAACUGAAAAAGAAGGAAGAGAUUAUAAGAAAGCAGACGAGAGGGCAGGAUGCCCAGAGAAAAACUAAGCUCGAGCAAGGAGAGCAAGCUGUUGAGUCAGUUGCCUCAGUUUGUUCUUUUGAGGAUCAUCACCUUCAGAUUCAAUCUCUGCAAGGGGAAAUACAGGCUCUUCAGUCCCUCUUAAAGGCAGCCGAAACUGAGAGAGACAGCAUCCAGCAGUCUGUGGAGCUCCAGAGGCUUUCGCACACUCCAUCUCCAGCGGCAGCAGUCCAGUCCUCAGGGGAGGUACCUGUUGAAGGACAAUCCUCCCUGCACAAGUCCACAGCCUCAGGGUCAAGUAGGCGCAAGAGACGACAGAGGUCGAAGCAGGAGCGAAAAUUGGGCACUGCUCUCCCAGACAGCAAAGAAGAAAAACAAAGGGAGGAGGAAGAGGAGGCAGCGGUGGAGGAAGAGAGAGCUACAAGUGCCGCAGAGCAGGAGAUGCAGCUUCAGAUGGAGAGACAGGUUAUGUCAUGUUCACAAGAGAGGGCCGGUAAGGAGGACUCCACUGACGGGUACCAGGGAGACGAGGCGAGAGACGACAUCAACAAGCAGGUGAGCAGACAUGGGACGAGCCGCCACACGGAGCCUGUUGUGUGUGAGGGAGCAGAAGAAGAGGGAGCCACUACUGAGCAUGGUGAGUGCAGGCUGCGGAUGGAGGCACAGCGCAUCAGCCUGUCUCAGAUCCACGCUGCCCAGCUGGAGCUUCUGCAGGAGGAGACAGAUGCCCCUGCACACACUCUGGAACUGAAACGGCAGAACGUGAAAGAUCACUGUGACCAGGAUGAGCCAAAAAUCUCCAGAUACCAGAACAUGUUACAAGCUGUGUCAGAAGAAUGCAGUGCGAUCAUUCAGUCUUUUCGAGAGAUAUUUGGUGAGGAGUUUUUGGAGCAUCUUGAUGUGGAUGUCCGACUGCCCUCUUCAGUGGAAAGACCAGAAACUAGUAAAACCACCUCCACUGUAUUGGAGGCCAAAGUGCUCUACAGAGAUCUUCAGCAGAUGAAGGAGAAGAUUGAACAGGAACAUUAUAAACUGUCACAGCUCCAGGAUCUGCUGAGAGCUGAUGGGAACAAGAUGAUCGAAUUGCAGACAGCAUUUGAUGAACUGAGGAGCAGCAGUGAAAAGGAGAUUUCUGAGCUGCGUGUGCAGGUUGCCAGCUUAAGUCUCUCAAGCAAAGAUCCAGAGGAGCGGGGCACUGCAUUACAGAUGCUGAGGGCCGAGGCGCAGGAGAAGCAGCUACAGCUGGAAGAGAGUCACAGACAAGAAAUGGAGCAUCUCAGAGCCCACUACCAGCAGCAGGCCACAGAGACUGAGGAACGAUACGCUACUGAGCUAUUCAUGCUGCAGCAGCGACUACAAGAGGUCACAGACAUUCAGUCCCACUACAGCCUGGCCAGUGUUCCAGAGUCCAGCUCAGAGAAGAAUGAGGAGCUCAGCGAGGAACUAAAGGAUCUCAGUGUGGAGGAGUUGUCAGAGGGAGGUGUUGAGUUGCACUGGACCCCCAGGUCUGCAGGCCUGACAGCACAGCUGCAGGUACUGAGGAAAGCGCUCUACCACAAGUAUGUCCAAGAAGUAUCUGCUCUCAAAGAGCAGCACAGCAGCGAGCUGAGGAGACUGAGAGAAGAAAGGGAACAGGAAAGGAAAAGAGAGAAGCGUGGGGAAGAGAGAGGAGAGAAAGAGAUUGGUAUCAACGGGGCUGGAAGCUCCUUUGACAGCUCCGACGUUGCUGGGCCUUUUGUGUUGGAAGAGAAACAGCACUGGGAGAGGGUGGAGGAGGAAGUUGCCAAGGCCAUAGUUCAGAUGUCAGUGGAGUUUGCGCAGCAAACUGAGCUGGCUCGACUCAACAAGCGUGCCGGCCAGAUGAACACCUCCAUGCAGACCCAGUCAGAUGAAGAGGAGGUGGAGGAGAGGAAGAACGAGGAGCAGACUCCCAGAGUUUCUCCCACCACAGGCGCCUGGCUGAAGGAGGUGGAGAGGGAGCGACUGGAGAGGGAGCUGGAGGAGAGGAAUGCAGAGGUCCAAAAGCUAAAGGAGAGGCUGCUGAAAAAUGAAUCAGGACCUGAGCAGGCCUUAAAGAAGAGAAAACACGGCCAAGAAAAAGAUGAGGAUGAGGAAGAUCGAGGGGGGCCAGGAAUAAAGCAGACUGGUGUACACAGACUGUCAGCGAAGGAUGAUGAAGAUUCAUCUGAUAAGGACACUGAAAGAAACCUCUUGCGUAUGGCCAACGAGAAGCUUAGUCAAGUGCUUGUUGAUGUCUUGAAGACUACGGCAGCAGCGGAGGAAACCAUUGGCCUCCACAUGCAGAGUCUGCGUGACGCGUGCAGUGGAGGUCAGCAGGCUGCUCCGCCCCCCUCCACCACACAGAGAGAAACACGGCAACCUGUCAGAUCUUAUACUGCAGGUCACUCUGCAGAAAGUUGCCAGGGCAGCGAGACUGGUGCAGAUGAUGUGAGCACGUGGUCAGGGGAGACGGAUGCUGACGAGGGCCUGGAGGUGUCCCAGCAGCUGAUGGACAGCCUGCUGCAGGGGGCAGGGACACAGUUAGAGAACGAGGAAUAUCUGAUGGGCAUCAGCAGACGACUCCAGACGGCUUUGGAGAAGAUGUUGAUGGCUAUCACCGACACCACCAACAAGCUCGAACAUGCCCGGAUGACCCACACUGAGCUGAUGCGGGAGUCCUUCCGCCACAAUCAGGAGAUGACUGAGCUGCUGCAGAAGCAGGAGGAGCUGCAGGAGAGGUUGUCUGAAGAGGCGAGGGCACGCGAGCAGCUGGCUCUGGAACUCCACCGAGCUGAGGGUCUGAUUGACGGCUACACUGGCGAGCGGGCAGCACUAGAGGAGCAGUUGCGUCAGAAGGAAGAGCUCCAGCUGAGCCUAGAGCAAGAGCUGCAGGUUACAGGUAGCCGGCUGCACGAGUUGGAGCAGGAGAGGCUUCAGAUGCAGGAGGAGCGUGAGCUGCUGUCAAGGCAACAGGACGCCAUGAGGGAGCAUGCUGGGCCCCGUGAGCUUCGCCUAGUUGAAGCUGCAAUGGUUGCAGCACCUGAAGCAGACCUGCUGGAGGAGACGGAGAAACUGAUGAAAGAGAAAGUGGAGGUUCAGCGUCAGGCGGAGAAGGAGAACUCCGACCUCCUGAAGCAGGUGAAGCUGCUGGAGGCGGAGCUGGAGGAGCAGGUCAACAGGGUGAUCGAGCUGGAGCACGCUCAGAGGACGGAGAAUGGAGACCUCCAGCAGCAGAUUCAAGCUCUGGAGAAACAGCUGGAGAAGAACAGGAGGUUCCUUGAUGAGCAAGCUGUGGACCGAGAACACGAGAGGGAUUUCUUCCAGCAGGAGAUCCAGAAACUGGAGGAGCAGCUGAAGAAUCCACAGAAGUUUCAGACUGUCUCUGAGCAAAGAAACCGAGAGGUGGACCAGCUGACCUCCCAGCUGAAGGAGAAGGCGGAUUGGUGCAGUGAGCUGCUGCUCAGCUCAGAGCAGCUGCGUCGUGAGUUGGGAGAGCGCGACGAAGAGAUUGACAAGCUGGAGAGCCGCAUCCGCGAACUGGAGCAGGCCCUGCUGGCCAGUGCUGAGUCCCUGGAGAAGGUUGAACAAAAGAAGCAGAAUGAAUCCAUCACUGAGGCAAAACACUCCACACUGGAGGCUCAGUUACAAACAGAGCGAGAAGCUUUGGAGCGGAAGGAGAAGGAGAUUUGUAACCUGGAGGAGCAGCUGGAGCAGUUCAGAGAGGAGCUGGAGAACAAGAGUGAGGAGGUGCAGCAGCUUCACAUGCAGCUGGAGAUCCAGAGGAAGGAGAUCAGCAGCCAGCAGCAAUACCUAGAAACAAGGGAUAGCAUGCUCCAGGUGAUGGAGGAGAAGGACAGGGAAAUAGCACUUCUUAAUGAACAGAUCACUAAGCUCCAACACAUGGAAACAGCCUCUGAUAACAAGGAAAUUGAUGAGCGGGAUGAGCUAAUAAAAGACCUGGAGUCCCAGGUGGAGUGCCUGCGGAGCGAACAAGAGCGCUUAAAGAGGAAUAACGAGGAGGAACUCGACCAGCUGAAUGCUGUCAUAGACAAACUUCAGCAAGAACUGGCCAAUAUUGAGCAGAAACAGACUACAGAGGAAGAUGAGGACACCCAGGCUGAGCCAGAGAGUGGAGUGUGGGGGCCGAGUAAAGAGGAAUACGAUGAGAUGAAGCAGGGAAUGGACAUGGCUGCCAAAGAGCUUGAUACAUUCAAAACAGAGCACAGUAAGCUGUUGGGGACAUACAUGCGCUUGAAGGAAAGUGCACAAGCUUUAGCUGAAACAGAAAAACUGGAGAGCCAAGAGGAUGAGCUCGAAGAAGCUCUCAGGGAGAAAACUGCUGGCCUUGUUGUCAUGCAGGCCCAAGUACAAGCUCUAGAGCAAAGUGCAACAUCCAGAGUGGAAGAGCUAGGUCUCCGCAUCCGGGAGCUUGAGAACUUGGUGGGUGAAAAGGACUCUGAGUUAAGCCGCUGUCGCCUCCUUGUGGAGCAAGCUCAGAGCGAUGCAGAUCGUCUCCAACAGAAGGUCUCUAAUCUGGAGGAAAAUCUGAGGGAGAAAAUGGCUACAGUGCUCAUCAGUCAAGCCACACUGGAGGCUUUCCAGGAGCAGCAGCAGCAAUCCGAGAUAUCCAAAGAGCACCAGGCACUGCAGAAACAUGUGGAGCCACAAGCACAUGACUUAGGUGACUUUGGUAUUCCCCAAAUGGAUUUCAGUGGGCUAGCUCAACUGAAACAAGUUCCUACAGGGAAGGUGGUUCAUCUGACCCAGAAGCUUCGUGAGCUGGAGGUGGGUCUCAGUGGGAUGCAGAAAGACCAGGAGCUCCAGAAGCAGCUGCUGUCCAGCUCUGAGGAGGAGGUGCUGGAGUAUGAGAGGAGGCUGUCAGUACUCAUGGAUCUGCUCAAUCAGAUGAAGGCCAGGACACACCAGAAGACAUCACCAGCUGUGGAGGCCCACUCUGCUGAUGACCAGCCAGCUGUGUCGGAGCUUCUUCAGGAAUUGCAGGAAGUCAGAGACGAGGCGACGGCCACCAAAGAGCAGCUCAACAACUACAAGGAGAACUGCAGCAAAUUACAGGAAGAGCUCACAGAAAAAACUGAAACACUAGAGAGACUCCAGGACCAGCUUCAAAGGGAAUCAUCUGCAGAUGGUGAAGAGGCGAAGGUAUCCAAGCUUCAAAGGGAACUCACAUCAGCUCAAAAUGAAGCUAGUGCUACCAAAGAAGAGCUGAACAGCUGCAAGGAGGGUCUAGAGAAGCUACAGGAACUGCUGCAGGAGCGAGAAAUGACCAUCGCUCACCUUAAGGGAGAACUUUUCCAAGUAAAAGCUGAUGAGGACAGAGCCAACAUGACGGAGCUCCUCAAAGAGCUCCAGGAGGUCAGAAACGAUGCAGAUUCCAGCAAAGAAGAACUCAACAGCUACAGGCAGAAUAAUGAGAAACUUCAGGAGGACAUCCAAGUCCGCGAAGUUUCUAUUUCUAAACUCAAAGAGGAGCUCCAGGAGGUCAAAAAGAAUGUGGGUACCACCAAAGAAGAACUGAAUGGCUUCAGGCAGCAUAACGAGAAACUACAGGAGGAACUCCAUGUCCGUGAACUCUCCAUUUCAAAGCUCAAAGAGGAGCUCCAGGAGGUACGAGCAGCCUUGAUGAAGACAGCAGACUCAUCCCCUCUAUCUCCGUCUCCAUCUCCUUCUCCGUCUCCUCAGCCUGUUUCUUCUACUUCCACCGCCCAGCCCAAAAGGAAAGGAGGCAAACAGCCAGCCGGUAAGGGAAGCAGUGCCAAAGAUAAACCAUCUCUCGCAAGGAAAAACUCUGCCACUUCCAGCCAGUCCUCCAACAAAUCUCACAGCACUCGGCUUAACAGCAGCUCCGAGCAGCAACAUGUGGCUGUGACGGACUCGUUCACACAGACCGAAGCUCUCCCAAUGGCUGACAGCAAGUCUCCUUCAACCAACAAAGAGGAGAUGGAGGAGGUGAUUGGAGAGUUCCAGGAGAAGAUUGUACAAAUGCAGGAGCUCCAUGCAGCAGAAAUCUUGGACAUGGAGGCCCGGCAUAUUUCAGAGAGCGACACCCUGCGCAGGGAGACACAGGCUCUGGAGGACGAGUGUAAAGCCCUCAAGGCUGUCAUUGAGAAGCUGCGCUUGACUGAGAUCCCCUCAUCAAGACAAGACCGUCCUGCAUCACAGUUCAAAGAUGGCUACACCAGUGACAGCAGCUCACAUUACAGCCAGCGGACCGGAUAUGACCACCCCAAUUUGCAUCAGGAGUUCAGGACAACUCCAGAGGGUGCCAGGAGAGAGACUGAUGAUCCACUACCUGAUAGAAUCAAGACGUUGCUCCGUGAGGUGCACCAGGAGGGCAUGCAGGUUCUCUCUCUGUCAGAGCUUCCUCUCCCUGAAGGCGAGCCAAGCAGCCAGUUCAACGUCCAAGGCUGGGUGAAGGAAAGAGAUGCCUUGCUGGCAACAAUUGCAUCUCUCAAAGACCUCAUCACCCAGAUACAGACACACAGGGGAACACAGACUUCAGGCAGUGCAGAUUGGCGUGGGCAGCUCCUCGAUGCAGUGCGGCAGGUAUUUGUGAGGGAGCGCAGUGUGCUGAAGAAUGCCCUCUAUAGCCAGUUAGACCUGCUAGACACCAGUGAUGCCAUCAUCCACCUCAAUCAGCUGGAGCGCAGACUGGCUGAACAGGAUGCCCAGCACAGAGAGGCGAUGGGUUCUCUCCACUCUGCAGAAAGGUCCAGUCUCAUGUCUGAGAUUCAUCAACUCCGUGGUCAACUGGAGCAACUUCAUCAAGGUGCCCAGUCUGCUGUGUCAUUGGCUGGUGAGCGGAGCGUGAAGGAGCAGAGGGAGGGCGGAGGAGCUGAUGGAGCAGCAGAGGCAGACAGGCUCCUGGUGGAGGACCUGAAGGCUGAACUGUCCCAGACUAAACUGGAGCUGGAGACGACGCUCAAGUCUCAGCACAAACACCUCAAAGAGCUGGACACACUCAGGGCAGAGGUAUCGCAGAAGGCUGUACAAGUGGAUGCACUGAACGACCAGCUGUCAGAGGAGAGAAAGACAAGCCGGGAUCUUCAGUGGGCCAUGGAGAAGGAAAAGUGUCGAACUGAAAGGAACCAGGACAGUAAGCGAGAAGAACUGGAGGACCUGCACCUCACUCUGGAGGAACAGAAAAGGUGCGCGAGCCAGCUGACCUCGGCCUUGGAGCAGGAACGCCAAGCCUCUUUUCAGCUUUCCCAGCAGGCUGAGCAGGAAGCCCUGAGCUUUAACAGACGCCUCCAAGAGCUCCAGGUCCAGUUGGAGACGGAGCGUGCAAAGGCCCAAGAGAUGAGCACCGCCUUGGAGAGGGAGAGGGAGCUGCGGAGGGGGGUCUCCUCAGACAGUGGUCCCUCUAAUGAUCAGCGAGAAGAGCAGGACCAGAGGGGACUCAUGGAGGAAGGGAGCCUUCUGGAAAGACUUCAAAGGGAGCUGGAUGACAAGCAUGCACAGGUGGUGCAUCUCCUCAGUCAGGUGGAGGCCCAGAAGCUUGAGGUGGUAAGAAAAGAGGAGGAGCUGACUUUGACAGGUCAGAGUUCAAGACGAGACCAAGAGGCACUGCUGGAGGCUCGUGCCCAGCUGGAGAACCUGGAAGCACAAAUAUCAGAAACCCAGGAGCAGCUGGAGAGAGAGCUGGAGAGGAGGAAGAACCUAGAGGAAGAGAAGGAGAGACUGGAGGAGAGGUUGGCCCGACUAGGAGAGCAGAGAGAAGGAGAGAAGGAAGGGAGUGGAUUUGUGCAGGGUGACGGUCGCAGUCAGGCCAUGUGUCACAGUGAGUCCACCAACCGCACUAAAGACUGGGUGUUCCAGCAGAAGAGUUCCAGCUCUGGCACGUCUCCCCACCCUGAGGUCAGUUCGACAGGUCACAGCAGCGGACUGCACCAUGGUCCUUGGCGCACAGUCGACAAGAUCCUCGGCAAACUCCACCUUGUCUCAUCAAAGAUCCGCAGCAUGGCCAGCAAGAAUACUGACAGGCUGACUGCAGAGAUCGACAGUGAAGAGUUAUCAUUGGUCCAGUCCACUGUUGAUGAGGUCAUCACUUUACUGCAACAAUCCCCAGGUCUACCCUCUGUCCCCGAGAGCACGUCCCUGAUGGCAGGAGGCUCCUCCAGCUCCUCCAACACCCUGAUGGAGCGGCUGCUCAGGCAGAAUGCCGAGCUGACAGGUUUUGUCAGCCGCCUGACAGAAGAGAAGAAUGACUUGAGAAACCACACACUCCGCCUGGAAGAGGAGCUGCGACGCUACCGACAGGCUGGACUGGGAUCAGGCGAUGGCUCCAGCAGCAGGCGAGGAGUGUCAAAAUUGGACUCGACAGGGAUGCUGCUCUCUCAGGAGCGAGAGGCUUGGAAUCGAGAGAAGGUCCGAAUGGAGAAAGCCUUACACCUUGCCCAGGGCCAGGUGGCCCGACUCAGGGGGGAGAUCAGGACCAACACCCUUCAAGAGAUAACUGGACCUGAGGCUGACAAUGCUGCACUGAAGAGAAUGUAUGGGAAGUACCUAAGGUCAGAAAGUUUCCGAAAAGCACUGAUCUACCAGAAGAAGUAUCUGCUGUUGCUGUUGGGAGGCUUCCAGGAGUGUGAGGAAGCUACACUGUCGCUCCUCUCCAGGAUGGGCAGCCGGCCGUCACUCUCCAGCUUGGAGUCCCUCAGCCAGCGUCGGCGGGGGCUGAUGCGCUUCCGCUCUGCCGUCCGAGUCUCUAUCGCCCUCUCCAGGAUGCGUUUCCUUGUGAAGCGUUGGCACAAGGCAACAGGGAUGAGCUCCACAAUCUCCUGCAGUGUCAACAAGAAUGGAGGAGGACAGACAUUAGGUACGGACGUGAGAGACUCACUUUAUCUUCACCCAGGCAGCGUGGACAUAUACAGGGAACGAGGAGGAGGUGGAGGAGGAGGUGGAGGAGGAGGAGGAGGAGGAGUAGGAGGAGGAGGAGUCUCUAGCAGCAGGGGGCGAAGUGGACGUGAAUCACCAAGAUCGGCCGUCUCCUCCACACAGCACAGGUUUCACAUGGUAGGAGACCAUGGCGCGCUCACUUGUUCCCACCUCCAAAGCUACGACCCCGACCGAGCGCUCACUGACUACAUCUCUAGACUGGAGGCUCUGCAGAGGAGGCUGGGGAGCGUGACAUCAGGUGCUUCUUCAUAUGCUCAAUUGCACUUUGGCUUGAGAAGAUAGAUGCUGAAAAGUGACUUUGGCUUGAAGAAACUCAGUUGCCUUUUCUCGUGCUGAGCGCUCUGCUGUUUUCUAUCAUUCUGGUGUGGACUGUAUCUUUCCAUGUGGACCAAAACACAUUUUUUUAUUAGUGUACGACAUGUUGUAUUCAGGCUUUUUGUCGCCAGCACUUGAAAAACAGCUAUGUUUGUAAUUUAAUCUGCCUCUUUGUUGUGGAUGAUCUACAAUCAUGUAUAUUUGUCUAAUGCUAAUUUAAAAACCUUGUGAUUAAUUUAUAUGUUUAUGUUGUAUGGGUGGAGCGUUAUGUAAAGAAUGUUUGGGUUUAUCGUUAAGGAGGCUGCUACUGGAUAUUCUACACUACACUGUGUUUUGUUUAGGCCAGACAGACUACAGAGGACAUUUGUAGAGAACGUAUUUUUGUAAAGCGUUAGGAGCUUUGAAUUUUCUGGGUAUUUUGUCAAAAACUGAAAUAAAGAGGAUUAUGAUAUUUG